AUGGAGUCAUGUAACAUCUGGUCCACCAAUGCCAAGCCAGACGCUUUGCAUUUACUCGUUUCGUUUUACUUCGCCCUCUGUUUCCCUGUCGCCAGGUUAUUGCUUGACAAACUCAUUUUUCGUAGGUUGUCUGUCUGGUUAUUGCGUGGAUCUGCUCCUUUGAGGAUGGAUAUUAAGGCUACACAGGCAAUAAUUGCAAAAUGCUCAGAAUCUAUGUGGAAGCUGACAUACUUUACCACUGUUGAAACCUGGGUCCUCAAAAUCACCUACUACGAGUCAUGGCUUGGAGAUGAAAAAGGGUACUUUAGGGGUUGGCCAAAUCAAGAGUUGAAGCUUUCCAUAAGCCUUUUCUACAUGUGCCAAUGUGGGUUCUACAUCUACAGCAUCGUUGCACUCCUUACUUGGGAGACUCGAAGGAAGGAUUUUGCAGUGAUGAUGUCUCAUCAUGUAAUUACUGCUAUCCUGAUUGGGUACUCGUAUGUUAUAAGCUUUUUCCGCAUUGGUUCAAUUGUCCUUGCCCUACAUGAUGCAAGUGAUGUGUUUCUGGAAGCAGCUAAAAUUUUCAAAUAUUCGGGAAGGGAGCUCUGUGCUAGCGUGUGCUUUGGAUUGUUUGCAAUCUCUUGGCUGGUGCUACGUUUAAUAAUCUUUCCAUUUUGGGUCAUCAAAAGUUCAAGCAUUGAUCUUAUGGAGUUCUUACGUCCUUCAGAUCCAUAUCCCAAAUUCUUGUACUAUUUCCUGAAUACUAUGUUGUUGAUGCUACUUGUGUUCCACGUCUACUGGUGGGUUCUCAUAUGCUCCAUGAUCAUUAGACAAUGGCAAAAUAGAGGAAAAUUAGGUGAAGACAUUAGAUCCGAUUCCGAGGAUGAGGGUGACUAAACUGAAUAUGUCAUAAAAAUUUUGCUCAUUGUGGCGCCCAUGUCAAGUCGUGAGGAGAUUG